GAGGAUUGCAGUUCAGUAUCAUCUGCUGAAAAGAAUCUGAGUUUGCUCUGCAGCAGCAUUCCAGGUUUUAUUCGUCACUAUGAGGUUUUUCAUCUCAUUGUGUGUGUCGCUGCUCCUGAUUCAUGGUGAAAUAACCAGUGGACAAACAACAGGACGUACAACUUCUAGUUCUGAUCCAUGUUAUGCAUAUAACACUCUUGAUGACUACUGGAGAAACAUUCAACAAUGGUACUACAGUGGACAUGAUGACACGCUUAUUGAAUGGAGAGGCUGGUAUCGGCUGUAUCUGAGUGGACAAAGUGCCCAGAUGUCUGAGUGGUGUGUGAGUUUUAGGGGAUGCGGUGGUGACUCUGGACUGUAUCUCAACGGUUCUCAUCCAACACUUGUGGAUGGAGUGGUGACCCGUGAUGUUGUGGGAACUCAUAAAAACUCUAACCAGUGUGGUUUAUACAGAUCCACAUCCAUCCGAGUAAAAGCCUGUCCAGGAAAUUAUUACAUCUAUGAACUCGUCAAACCAGAUCUGUUGAUCCCCUCACCUUCAUACUGUGCAGUUGCUUUCCCAAACAUCAGCAUUGACCCCUGCUACAACUAUGAGUCAGUGGAUCGCCCCUGGAGAGCCAACAAUGAAACUGGAGAUUCCAAUUGUGAUUUUUAUUUCAAUUGGAGUGGCUGGUACAGGCUUUUCUACUAUGGAAUGAACAUUCAGAUGCCCGAGACCUGCACUUCUGGACUCAAAUGUAACACAGAUAUUAGUCUGUUCCUCGAUGGUCAUCACCCUCAGAUAGAGGAUGGAGUGGUGACCAGAGUGGUUUGUGGAAAUUAUGACCGGAACGUGUGUUGUGAUUACAAGACAAACCUCAUCAGAGUGAAAGCGUGUCCAGGAAAUUAUUAUGUCUAUGAACUUGUGAAUCCACAAAGCACAUGUGCAGGAUACUGUACAGAUGUCAGCACUAUCUCACAGGUGGUUUCCACUGCAAGUCCAAAUGUAAUUACUGGAUCCACCAUCACCAUCAAUUAUGACCCAUGUAGUAACUACAACAUUCUUGACGACUACUGGAGAAGCACACUUAACUUGGAUGUGUAUAACAAAGUAAAUGGACAUGACAACAGUCAUGCAUGGGAUGGCUGGUACAGACUCCUCAUGAACGGAUUGAGUGCUCAGAUGCCUGAAUGGUGUGCCUCUUAUAUGACAUGUGGAGGAUUUACUGCUCUGUGGCUUCAUGGAUCUCAUCCUCGACUAGAAGAUGGAGUUGUUACUCGUGAAAUUUACGGCUCCCGUAAUGAUCAGAGCAGUCGCUACAGAUCUGACCCAAUCCAAGUCAAAGCUUGUCCUGGAGAUUAUUAUGUCUACAAGUUUACCAGGCCGUCUCUUUUAACCCCAGCUCCUGUAUAUUGUGCAGCACCUUUCACCACCCCAAGUGUUGACCCCUGCUCCAACUAUAACAGUUUGGAUGAAACUUGGAGAUCCAUUAAUAGCUCUUUCUUUGAUUACAAAAACCAUGUGUGUGAUCAUUAUGACUGGAAUGGCUGGUACAGGCUGUUCUACAAUGGUCAAAAUGCUCAGAUGCCAGAAUCAUGUGUGAAUCAGUACAUGUGUGGUGCAAUUUAUCCAAUGUGGCUCAAUGGAUCUCAUCCUCAGCUGGAAGAUGGAGUGGUCCUCCGUCAUGUUUGUACUUCUGGAUGGAAUGGCUGCUGUACUUUUAGAUCCCACCCUAUAAGAGUCAAAGCCUGUCCUGGUCAUUACUAUGUGUAUGAGCUUGUCAGGCAACGGAUUUGUUCAGUUUACUGUGCUGCUACAAACCAGUCCAGCACAGAAGUGACAACAACCCAGCCAAUCACAUCAUCAGACUUCAUUACUCCACCAAUCACAACCACUGCUCCCCCUGUUGACCCCUGCUACAACUACUUCAUCCUGGAUGACCCAUGGAGAGCCACCAGCAAUCAAUAUUCCUCUCAGUUAAUGUGUGACAGUGGGGUGAGCUGGAGCGGCUGGUACCGUCUCUUCAUUAAUGGUCAGAGUGUUCAGAUGCCAGACACAUGUGUUGAUGAGUACAGCUGCGGCACUCAUGCUCCACUGUGGCUGAGCGGAGGACAUCCAACACUUGAGGAUGGAGUGGUCUCUCGUAAUGUCUGCGCUCACUGGAGCAACAACUGCUGCUAUUUCCAGUCCAAUCCCAUUCAAGUCAAAGCCUGUCCUGGAGGUUUUUAUGUCUAUGAGUUUGUGAGGCCGACCACCUGCAAUUUAGCAUACUGUGCAGAUGUGAGGUUUAACACUAGCUACACAACUGACACACCAGAGACGACCACAACAGAAACUACAGCUGAAACCAGAACAAUAACAUCUGAUGUCAGAAACCCCUGUUCUGAACUCAACUGCUCCAAAGAGGAAAGGUGUGGGAUGAAAAAUGGUGUUUAUGGCUGUUUAUGUAACAAAGGCCACCAAAAACAGCGAGCACCUCAAGACUCCUUUGAUUUCAAUGAGACCUGUGAGAGCAGCUCUGGCUCCAUGUCUGUGUCUCGCUGUCAGCUUUUUGAAGCUGGUUUUUCAGCUGAGCACUUACACCUCAAUGACCCCAGCUGCAGAGGAACCGUCCAGAACGGCAAAGUGGAGUUUAACUUCGACAACGAUCAACACAUCUGUGGCACAAAUCUUGUGGCCAACGGCAGCCACUUCAUCUACAGUAACUAUAUUGUGGGGACGCCGGGAACAGAAGGUCUCAUCAGCAGAGUGAGAAUCCUGAAGCUUUCUUUCAGCUGUUAUCCUCAAACACAAACACUUUCCAUGAACAUGGAGAUCAACCCACUGCAGAGGUCACCGUUGCACAAGGUCCUCCCCUCUGGUGAAGGGGUUUAUCAGGUGCGGAUGGUCCCGUAUGUGGAUGAAGAGUUCACUCAGCCCUUCACUGGUAGAGUGGAUGCAGAGCUGGACCAGGAGAUGCAUGUGGAGGUUGGUGUUGAGGGGGUCGACAGCCGCCAGUUUGCCCUGGUGAUGGACACGUGUUGGGCUACACCUGUAAAUGACCCUGAUUACAGUCUUCGCUGGGAUCUCAUUAGUGAAGGGUGUCCCAAUCCUGAGGACGACACAGUGAAGCUGCUGCAGAACGGCGUCUCCACAAGCAGCCGUUUCUCCUUCAGGAUGUUCAUCUUCACUGCAAACUCCACUAAGCUUUACCUGCACUGUGCUGUUCACCUUUGCCUUCUGUCCAGUGAACAAUGCUCAACGAGCUGUGACUCUGGACAGCAGCGGAGAGAGCGCAGGGCUCUGGAUCUCCAUGACAGUGCUUCACUAUCUAUGGGUCCUCUAGUGUGGUCUGGAGGAAACACAGAUGUUCAGUUUCUCCCAGACCAAGUGAAGGUUUCUGAGGCUUCUUGUCUGUGUGCUUCUCUGGUGCUGUUGUUCAUUCCUCUGAUGAGUCUCUUUACUCUUUCUUAGUUUAUUGACACAGAAAGUGCAAACAUUUAGUUUGGAUCAUUUUAAUGGAUGUGGAACUGGUUGUGGUAUUUCUUUAUUUCAUAAAUAUAAUUUCAUGGGGCUCAGCAAUUUACUUGACAUACUAUUUUACACUGAUUUAACACACUGUGUUAUUGUUUGGGUGUACCUGUUAUAGUUCUGUAACAUCUUUUUUUUUUUUUUUUUUUUUUUAAUACACCUUUAAGUUUAAAAAAUCUAAUUAAAGAAAUUGUGUAGAGAAAACAUUGUGUGUUUAACAGAUGAUUCAGGCAUUUAUUAUAAGGUGUA